UUCAUAUCGCCAUUCCAAAUAAAUUACCAAUCACUGUUUUCCAUUUGAAAUUUGAGCAAGCAUUAGCAAGAUGAGAGAAGUAGGUACUUUCAAUAGUUCUAGCGGAUGGUAGUUCAAAUUAAACCAAUUUUUCAAGAACAACUGUGCAGCUGAUGAGUUUCAUAUAUUCUAAUUAGAAAAGGUGAUUUGACUCGAGUUUGAGCCGCUAAUAUUGCAAAAAUGACUGUAGAUAUUGUUGGUUUCGUUUAUGCUGGGGUAGUUGCAGCUGGUGGUAUUAUGGGUUAUGUUAAAGCAGGAUCCGUUCCAUCUUUAGCUGCUGGUUUGGUUUUUGGUAGUGCUUUGUCUUAUGGUGCAUACCAAAUGAGUGUACAUCCUCCCAAUUAUGUGCCACAAUUGGUAACAUCGUCAAUAUUAGCAGGAGUGAUGGGUUAUAGAUUCUAUAACUCUGGUAAAAUCAUGCCUGCUGGAAUUGUGUGUAUUUUAUCUGUUGCUGUAAUAGCUAAGAUAGCCCUUGGUGCGGCUGGAGUUUUACCGGAUUGGUUGGGUGGAAGAGUUGAAACAACAAAAAAUAUAACUGGAACUACCAAUUCUGAUCCAAUCCCUUCCACAACCCCAUAUUUGUUGUCAACAGAAAAGUGAGGUUUUGAAAAUGGAAUUCCUUUCAUAAAGGAAGAAGUUUGCAAGUUAUUGUUUCAAAUGAUUAUCUUUUUGUUAUUAUGGGCAUUUUAAAGAAAUAAUGUCAUAUAUGCAUAUAGAAGUAUGCUGAUGUGAACAUAAAAAUAAAACAUUCCAUAUUUGAAAUUCUAUUUACAAUAAAUUUAUUAUAAGAUCAUAACACUACUUAUAAAGUUACAACUAUUUUAUUGCGCUUCUGGCAGUAUAUUUCCAUUAUUCUGAAUGAAUGCAAUAGACGGCAAUUAAUUUUAAUCGCUUCGUUCUGUCCAAUUUCCAAUAAAUACAUUCUCUAUUAA